GGUGACAUUGCCCCUACGUUACCACAUGCAGACACUAAAGCUCGUGUUUCCUGAUGCGACAGUAUGUACGUAGUCGUAGGUGGAGCCUAGGAGGACCUCACAAAACAGAGAGUAUACUGCAAAAUGGCGGAGCGCAGAGAAGAUCAAGACAGCGAUGAAGACUAUGAAGUGGUGGAUUUGACAGAUUAUGCAAGACGGCAUCAAUGGUGGAGCAGGGUCUUUGGACAAAAUUCCGGGCCGAUUGCAGAGAAAUAUUCAGUCACUACUCAGAUAAUGAUGGGUGGAGUAACAGGCUGGUGUGCAGGAUAUCUGUUCCAAAGGGUUGGGAAGAUUGCAGCCACAGCAAUCGGUGGUGGAUUUAUUUUACUACAGUUUGCAAAUCACAGUGGAUACGUGCAGGUUGACUGGAAGAAAGUGGAAAAAGACGUCAAUAAGGCCAAAAAGCGCCUAAAGAAGAAGGCCAACAAAGCAGCACCCGAAAUCAGCAAUGUGAUUGAAGAGUCUACAGAAUUCGUGAAGAAGAAUAUUGUGCUCUCCAGCGGGUUCCUUGGAGGAUUCUUGCUUGGGCUUGCAUCGUAAAGAUUCAAGGCCUACAGGAGCUCCCAAAACAAUACUUGAUAAUAGUAACUGUGAAGCUUUUUUUUCUGUUCACGAGCAGGAAGGGAGAGUGUGUGAACAAUAAUGCAGGAGGAGAAGCAGCAGUACAGCCAGGGCACUCCACAAUGCCUUCCUUCUCUUUACUGUGCCUCUCAAACCAGCAAGAGCCCAGGAAUCUUUAUUUUGCCUGGCCAAGAAAGUGUUAUAAUUCUAUUAUAAUCUAAUUAUAAUUAUAUUAUAAUCUAAUUAUAAUUAUAUUAUAAUCUAAUUCCAUUUUGUAACACGAGAAACACCAAUUGGAUGUACUGUAUAAAAUAGUGUCAAAAUAUUGUAUAUUCUUUGUAAAUGUUGUUAUUGUUUUUUUGGGGGGGGGUUUUGUGUUUGUUUUCAGUCAUUUUGCCUUUAAAAGGAUUGUACAAUACAUGUGGGGGUCAGUGCAAUCCCAGUAAGAAAUUCAAAAUAUAUUUAAAAUUUAAAGUUGUAUUUUAUAUUUUCUGUUUGAUUUAAUUCAUUAAAAAUAAUAAUAAUAAUGAAUGCAAAUAUUGCAUAUUCAUAUAUUUCUCAUGUCAUUCCUAACCAGUUUUACCAUAAAAUGAUGGUUGUUGAAAUCAGUGAUUUUGACCAGUUAAUCAAUAUGCUGGUAAAGGGUAUGCUCGGUAGAACAAUGAAUCUGGACAGGAAGCAACAGCAGACCAUGAGGAAGAGGGCUGUGGGGUUGACACCUUGGGGCUAACUCACAAAGCUAUUACAGUACUCCAGCACCAUUUUUUACUGAAAGAAGACACCAAUUGAAGCUUUAAAACCUGAAAUAAACAACCAAGGAAUUCAA